UGUCAAUACGUUUUUGAUUUCAGAAGGCUUGGCGAAAUGCCUUCGGAAGCCCAAUGUUCAAGUUUGGGAUGCUGUGUAUAUAUCUGUGUAUAUAUAUAGGGUACAGACCCCACUUUGAUUACAAUCGCAAUUUUGAAUUCAUCACACAUUAUGAUUAACCAAGUUGGCCAACAAUACCACACUAACGGGAAUCCGCUAAGGGACCUGAUUAAGCGAUCCCACAAACUUAAUAAGUCGAUACUUAGACCAGUUUAUCACUCCAAUGCAAUCAGCAUAGAUAGUCUGGGAAGUGAAGACGGUACCACUGAUUCAUUCGGUUCUUUGUCUCAUGCAAAGUAUUGACAGCACUAUGUCACAAACACAAGAGGAAAUGUACAGGUCAACCGUGGAUAUUCGUGGCCCAGAGGUAGAUCCCAAGGUUCUAAUGGACACACUAACGUUCUAUUCUGGCUACAGAGGAUACUGUGUAGCGGGCAUUAGGAGGAGUAGGAAAGCAGUGGGAGGCUACUCUGUCAAGGUCCAGCGCCGUUCGGCCAUCCUCGUUAGUGCCGAUGAGUAUGGAGUGGUUAUCUUGUCGAAUGACGACGGAAAUGCUCUAGGUCUGGGUUUGCUAUAUAUCUGUAGGAUGUAGAUACGAGUUCGGAUGCGCAUAGCGGCUUCUUGUCUUCUCAUGUACUAUUAUCAUUUGUUUUAGGGUUUUAGGGUUUAUAAAUUAUGCAACAAGGUCCUCCAGGUCCCAUACCCUGGGCACUGGCAAUGCAACCGUCUACGAAAUCCAGCACAUAACACGGGUUCCCAGAAUUGUACUGUACACCUCCGAAUACUAGACCAGUGUCUGUUUAUAAUAGAGAGCACAAGUAUACAGUACACACUACCGCAAUUGAACAGUGUACCACUUCUAGUAUCAGACCAGUGCCUAUGUGUUCCAGCAGCGGGACUCGUUCAUCUGUUGGUUAUACCACCUUUUCGACACCUCGGAUUCGUUUUAGUCUGUAACUGGCGACACAAGUCCAAUGUCCGCGAUAUACGCGUCCAAAAGCUACAAAGCAUUUGAUGGUGGGUAGGAAUACACUCCGAUAACUCAGCCGCAGGUUCGAAUAGUCAUCAGUUGAUACCAUACCUUCAUACUGAAGCCACGCCAGCUUUACUUAAGUUCCGGAAUCGCAAGUUCGCCAACUGGCAAAAACAAAGCCAGCUACACACUACGAAGCCUUCUUGAUUAUUCAGAGUCUUGUCAGGGUGGGGUAGGUAAACAGGGCCGGCCCUAUUAACCAUUUUGAGGACAGGUCUGAAUUCUCGCAAAG